AUGAGCCAACGUUCACGAGAAGGCGACAAAGAAAGGACGACGAAGAUCAAGAAUACUUCUGCAUGUUUGUGCGCCAAAAGCUGCGAAUAUGUCGUCGCAAAGGCAGACAGACAAGAUUUAGCGAGAAAGACGGUUUCUAAGGAAACGCGCUGCCUGGCACACGCCUCGCGUCUGACGCUAAGGUGUCUGUACACCUCAAAAUUGCACAACUCGAGAGCAGCGAACACAGGUGAAUUUUCGAAGUCUGACCGGUGGAGAAGUCAUGGAAUUCCGUCACCCCUUUCUCUCACAACAUCUUUACGGCGAAUGUGUGCGUCUGUGUGCCCGAGAAAAAAGGAGAAUCGUCGACCAGCGAACCCCCAAACGACGACUUUGUCGGCAGACCGGCCUAGAGGGGACAGCUGUCUGCAGAGCCGGCGCGACACCGUUGCUCUAAAACGAGCCCGUACUCUCGCUAUUUUCUCUCAGAUGCUGUUGCCUCUGAUAUUCGAGAAGGCUGAGCGUUUUUCUUCUGAUUGAUAUCGACGAAAAGGCGUUUUACGCUUUCGUGAAUCCUCUCCGAACCGACCCAACAGCACGAAACGCGACGGGUUUUGCGGCAUGCAGCAAAACUUCCCGGGAAGUUGCAUGCGAAGGACCGUUUUGAUGGAGUGCCUCUUCUCGGUCGUUUUGUGGCGUCCCGCUCUUCAAAAUACCUUUGCCGUGACUUAGCAUCUUCUCUGUGAGGAGACGGCACUUUCCCAGCCGAAGACUUUUGGUAUUCACCACGUCCCUGUUUGUGUAGGCGCCCACGGGACAGAGAGGACUUGCAGAGAAACCUUUUCUAUCGUGUCUUCUUCGAGGGGAAAGAACUCAAAAUAUUCUGCCAAUUCUCUGCCCUCUAGGUCCACGCGUUUCGCCAUUCUCCGUUUUUUCUUCGCCUGCGGGGUCGCCCUUCUCCGUGGUUUCCCUCUGCCACUGUCCGUGUCCGUUGGUGUUUCCUCGCAGAACAGAAUUUCCUCAUUUCAGCACGGAGGAACGACACCUCUGUGUCUGCACGCCAUGGUUGCUUUCCCUUCCACCUUCUGUCGUGUUUCCUUACAACUCUUCGUUCGCCGUCUCUCUUGGCCUUCAUCACGCUCCUGAGAAGUGGAGAAUCCACCCGAUUCUGGAAAACAAAGGUGCUCGACCUCCGUCCCUGCGCCCUCUUUCGUUUCCCUGCAGUCUGGCGUUUGCACGCAUUCUUUUUCUUCCUUCGCACUCUGUGUUAAACAUCUGUGCAGGCGCUUGCCACUCUGGCUUCUCCAUGUUUCCAGCCGUCACCUACG